GGCUCAGUAACUCAACUCCCACAACAAUUUCUGUCGCUUCUCUACGCAUUGUAUGGAACCUCCAUCAUCUCUCUAACCCAAUCUACGGAGCCGGAACCGGCGGGAUGGCAGCCGGAUUCGGUCCGGAAUAAGGGUGUGGGAAUGAAUCGACACAAGGAUUAAUGGUUCUAAACAAUUAUUUAUAUUCAAUGCUAGCUUUUGAUUGUGACUGACUCGCCGAGAGAGGGAGAGAGAGGUGGGGGGGUAAUAUGGCCGCUCAGGUCGCCACUCUGAACACUAGCCCGCCUUCUGAACUUAAAAAGCCGGAUCGAGAGCCCAAGGACGAUUCGGUUCCGGGAGAGAAGCAGUCCGACAAAAAGCAGCCGGGUUUGGACAGCGGCUCGCCGGGCCGUGGGGAGCUGCAGGACGGAGCCGACGGUGGAAAUGCAGGGGGAGGAGGGGAACCUGAGAUGAAGAACGGGAAUGGGAACCCGCCCAGGGUUAAUAAUAAUACCCCGAAUGACUCAGUCGGACCGGAGGGAAACAACCAUCCCGGUUUUGUUCAUCACCACGGUCCCGCUUUUCCUCCUCCUUCGUACGGGUACAGCCAGCACUACGGUCGGCCCGCUUUUCAUCAAUAUGGCGGACAACAAAGCCCUGGCAUGGCAGCUGCUUCUGCGGGUCCGGGCGUGCAGUCGAGCAACAUGAUGGACCCGUAUCAACCCAAUUCACACGAGCAUGGCUUCUCAAACCACCAGUUUAACAAUUACAACCAGUUCCCGAACAGGACUCCGUACCCCGGCCAGGCGUACGGCAUGAACUCCCCUCGCAGCGCUCAGGCGCCGACAGCUGGGGGGCAGCCAGCUAAGCAACAACCACCACCGGGAGGACCCACGGCGAUGGCUGGAUCUUACAAUAACCAGAGAUACAACAUCGGGAACCCUCAACCAACAUCCACGCCGACACUCAACAAGCUCCUAACUUCGCCCAGCUCCACGCGGGGGUAUCCGAACUACCCGUCGAGCGACUACGGCAGCCAGGAAGGAGCUAGCAAGGGGCCAGCGGAGUACGGAGGGAGCAACCCGGCCUGGCAACAAAGAAGCCAUCACCCGUCGCCUAUGAGCCCGGGAAGUUCUGGGCAACCGCUCGCAAGAAGCCAGCCUUCAGGUCCCAUGGAUCCAAUGGGAAAAAUGAGAGGUCAGCCAUAUGGAGUAGGCAGUCCAUACAGUCAGCAGUCACAGCAGGGGCCUCCUGCAGGUCCUCAACCUGGACCAGGGUACUCAGGCCAGGGUUAUGGCCCUCCAGGGCCCCAACGAUACCCAGUGGGAAUGCAGGGACGUACCCCUGGAAGCAUGGGUACUAUGCCCUAUGGGCCACAGAUGGGGACAUAUGGACAGCAGGGACCAGGGGGGUAUGGUUCUCAGGGCCAGGCACAGUAUUACAACCAGCCAGGCCAGGCUCCACAUCCCAGUCAACAACAAUCCCUUUACCCUCAGCCCACACCUGGACAACCAGGCAGGCAAUCUCCUUACCAAGGGCAGUCCCACCCUCCAACUUCAGCUCCACACAACCAAGGAGGACCACCCUAUCAGCAGCCUCACAUACCCCCACAGUCCCAGGGACCACUACCAGGCCCAUCACAAGGGCCUCCUCAGUCCCAGUCAUCCUACUCUCAAGCAUCAGCCCCACAGUCCAGCCAGUCUCCUUACACCCAGCAGCAGGGGCCUCCCAGUCAGGCCCCGCAGCAGCCAAGUUCUCAGCCGCCCCCUGGACCACAAGGCCAAUCCAGCUACCCAGGAUCUACACAGGGUCCUCUGCAACCCCCCUCGCAGCAGCAGGCACAGUCUCAUUCGCAGCAGCCACCGGGACACAGUCAGCAUCCUCAGGGCCAGCCUGCAGUUUACCCACAAAACGCUCAGCAACAGCAAGCACAGCAGUCACCUUAUCAGCGUUUUCCUCCUCCUCCUCAGCAGGAGUUAUCCCAGGACUCGUUUCAGACAAAUACCCCUCCAUCCACACAACCCAAAUCUGGCCCAGAGGACAGCCAGGGCCGCCCAUCCAGCCUUCCGGACCUGUCCGGGUCCAUUGAUGACCUGCCCACAGGUACAGAGGGCGCCCUGAGUCCCGGUGUCAGCACGUCGGGUGUGUCGAGCAGCCAGGGUGAGCAGAGUAAUCCCGCUCAAUCGCCCUUCUCGCCUCAUACAUCCCCCCACCUGCCAGGCAUUCGAGGGCCCUCGCCUUCCCCGGCUGGCUCCCCUGCUAGUGCUAGCACACCCCGCGCAGGACCGCUGUCACCUGCUAACAUGCCAGGGACCCAGAUGCCUCCCAGGCCCUCGAGUGUGCACUCAGAUGGUAACCUGCACCCUGGGAUGAGCCAGUCUCCUAUGGCAGCGGACAGAGGGUUCAUGCAGAGAAACCCUCAGAUGCCCUCUUAUGGCUCCCCCCAGUCUGCCUCUGCGCUGUCGCCUCGCCAGUCCUCCGGUGGACAAAUGCAUCCUGGGAUGGCCCCAUAUCCGCAGAACAGCUCGAUGGGUGGCUACGGGCAGCAGGGAGGACAGUACGGUCCUCAAGGUUAUCCCCGCCAACCUGCGUAUGGCAAUAUGCCCAACGCCAACUACCCUGGACCCGGGAUGGGCUCCAUGAACCCCAUGGCAGGACAGGGUGGAGGUCCGCCAUAUGCUGGUAUGCCUCCAGGAAGGAUCCCUCCAAAUCAAUUGGGGGCACGUCCUUACGGCCCCAAUAUGGGCCCCAGCAUGGGGCCAAACAUGCCUCCAAACAUGGGCAACAUGCCACCCCAGGUAGGCUCAGGAAUGUGCCCCCCUCCGGUAAUGAACAGAAAGCCCCAGGAUCCAACGGCCAUGCAGCAUCCUUCGACCAACAGGAUGUCUGGUUACCCCAACAUGUCUCAAGGCAUGAUGGGUUCUGGUCCACCGUAUGGCCCACCAAUGAACAACAUGCCUGGAAUGAUGAACACUCCAGGCGGGUCACCUUAUCCUAUGGGACCAAACAUGGCCAAUAACACAAGUGGUAUGGUCUCUAGUCCAGAGAUGAACAAUAAGAUGAAUAACAAGGUGGACGGCAGUGGAACGCCCAAACCAGAACCCAAAUCCAAGAAGUCCAACUCUUCUACGACUACAAGCGAAAAGAUAACACGCCUGUACGAGCUGGGACCAGAGCCAGAAAGGAAGAUUUGGGUUGACCGUUAUUUGUCUUUUAUUGAGGAGAAAGCUAUGGGCAUGACCAACCUGCCUGCUGUGGGACGCAAACCACUUGACCUGUUCCGACUGUACAUGUCGGUUAAAGAUAUCGGAGGAAUGGCACAGGUCAAUAAGAACAAGAAAUGGCGUGAUCUGGCCACCUCCUUGAAUGUGGGCAUGUCCAGCAGUGCUGCCAGCUCUUUGAAGAAGCAGUACAUCCAGUGUCUCUAUGCCUUUGAGUGUAAAAUAGAACGUGGCGAAGACCCUCCCCCUGAGAUCUUUACAGACAACAAAAAGAACCAAGCUGCCAAGGUGCAGCCCCCCUCUCCAGCUGGGUCGGGUUCUCUGCAGGGUCCGCAGACACCCCAGUCCACCAGCAGUUCCAUGGCUGAGGGGGGAGACCUGAAACCACCUACGCCGGCCUCCACCCCUCAUACUCAAAUGCCCCCCAUGCCACCCGGCUCCAGGAGCAGCGUCAACCUGCAGGAUCCCUUCUCUGAUGGCAGCGACCCCACAUUUUCCAGGAAGACCCCCAACUCCAGCUACCAGCCUAGCAUGAACACACCGGACAUGCCAGGUCGCAUGGCCCCCUACGAACCCAACAAGGACCCCUUUAGUAACAUGCGAAAAGUUGGGGAGCAGUUUCUACCUGCUAGCCAGGGCCCUAACAGUGUAGUGAGCGACCAGCAGCAGCCUCCAUUCAACAGGGGGCCACCUGGGGCCAUGGGCGCAAUGCCAAUGGGGCCCCGACAGCAGUAUCCAUAUGGACCAGGCUAUGACAGAAGACAGGAGCAAGGGAUGGGCCCAGAGAGUAACAUAGGAUCUGGUACCCCUCAGCCAAACCCCAUGAUGCCCGCCAACACCGACGCGGGGAUGUAUUCUCCAAAUCGUUUUCCACCACAGCAGCCACGGCAUGAUUCCUAUGGUAAUCAUCAAUACCCUGGACAGGGAACGCCACCUACUGGUUCUUACCCCAAUCAGCAGCCAGGAAUGUACCCUCAACAGAGUUACAAGCGUCCUGUGGAAGGAGGGUACCCUCCAUCAAAACGUCAUGAAGCGGAGUACAGUGGUUCUUUCCCUGGGGGGCAACAAGCUCCGCAGCAACAGCAGCAAGGAGGCACCUCUGCACCACCUUCAGGGCAGCAGGAGCAGUACAAUCAGUACAGCGGCACAGGCCCAUACCCUGGUCCUGACCGCCGUCCGCCUGGACCCGGCAAUCAAUUCCCAUUUCCCUUUGGACGUGAGCGAAUGCAAGGAGCAUCCGGGCCCAAUGCGCAGCCAAACAUGCCCCCUCAGAUAAUGCAGUCAGUCCCUGAGGGUCCUCAGGGAGGCAUGUGGCAGGGACCUCGAGAUAUGAACUAUCAAAACUACCCUAACCGACAAGGUGGACCUAGUGGUCCGCCACAGGGACCAGUAUACCCUGGAAUUAAUCGCUCAGAGGAUAUGAUGUCAUCAGAACCGCGCAUAAAUCACGACAGCCAGUGGGCGGGACAGAUGGGCCCUCGGCAGCCCCCCUACGGUCCCACUGGGCCUGGACAACCUAUGCCUCGUCCUGUACAGUCCAACUACCAGCCCCCUCAGGGGGUGCAAAACCACAUUCCACAGGUGUCCAGCCCAGCCUCCAUACCCCGCCCCUUGGAAAGCCGAACAUCACCCAGUAAAUCUCCCUACAUGCACGGAGUAAUUAAGAUGCAAAAGGCCGGACCCCCGGUGCCUGCAUCCCAUGUAGUACCCCCUCCAGUGCAGUCGCCUUUAAUAAGGCGAGACAUGCCUUUCCCCCCUGGCUCUGUAGAGGCUUCACUUCCUGUCCUCAAGCCACGACGAAGACUCACCAUGAAAGAAAUCGGAACCCCAGAGGCCUGGAGAGUUAUGAUGUCAUUAAAGUCUGGUUUAUUGGCUGAAAGUACAUGGGCCUUAGACACCAUCAACAUUCUCCUACAUGAUGACAACAGUAUUGCCACUUUUGAUCUUAACACGUUGCCUGGUCUGCUAGAGUUGGUGGUUGAGUAUUUCAGACGUUGCCUCAUAGAAAUCUUCGGCAUCCUGCGGGAGUAUGAAGUUGGAGAUCCUGGCCAGAGGACCCUGCUUGAUCCAGAUGCCUUAAAACAAAACUUGGACAACAUGGAAGAAGAUGAACCACUAUUUGAGGAUAUGGAACAAGAGGAAGCAGAUGAUGAAGAUGAGGAGGUAGUGGAGCAUUCAACUGUAGUAAAGGAGGAGGGUGAUGAAGAGCAGUGCUCCCGUGGCCAGGAUCAGAAGAAGGAAGACGACGAGAGAAAAAGCAAAAGUUCUUCAUCUGAACAGACGAGCUUGUUACAACUGUUGCCUGCCCACGAGAGACCCAAGCAGGCCAGCAAAUUUGACAAGUUUCCCCUAAAGGUGGUACGAAAGAAGGACCCGUCUGUGGCUGCCCAGUCUAGUAAUUAUGGUAAAGUUCAAGAGUUUGACAGUGGACUGCUUCACUGGAGUGCUGGAGGUGGAGACUCAACAGAACACAUUCAGACUCUAUUUGAGCCACGCAAAGACUUCUUGGAACCGCGAGAACGAAUAUCUGUGCCCACAGCUUUAUUAAAGCGACGACUCCUAGAAGAAGACAUACGGGAACAUUGUUUUCCUGCAGAGGAAGAGAAGAAGAAGCAUGAAGAUGAAGAAGAAAGGCAAAAGCAGGCAUCUUUAGCAGAAAAAUCAACAGACUCUGAGAAGGCCGGCUCCGUAGUUAGCGGUGAUGAGGAGAGGCAAUCAGAUUCAGAUGCAAAGCCAGCUGAAAACGGUUUUAAAAGUCACCAGGAGAAUAACCGACCGAUUCUUUCUUCUGGAAGUAUUUUAGCUCAACAGGCGCAGCAGUCUGGCACCAUCCUGGAGGAUGAGCCUCACAGUAAAGAUGAAGGGCCCCUCGUUACACUGGCAAGCUGGCAGGAUUCAUUAGCACGUCGCUGUGUUUGCGUCUCAAAUAUUAUCCGCAGCCUCUCGUUCGUACCAGGCAACGACCAUGAGAUGUCCAAACACCCUGGGCUACUGCUGAUGCUCGGACGUCUGAUCCUCCUUCACCACUGGCACCCCGAGCGCAAACAGGCCCCACUCACCUACGAGAAAGACGAGGAGUCCGAUGAAGGUGUGGGCCAAAAGGACGAAUGGUGGUGGGACUGCUUGGAGCUGCUGAGAGAGAACACGCUGGUCACAUUGGCAAAUAUUUCAGGCCAACUGGACCUCUCCAUCUACCCUGAGAGCAUCUGCUUACCCCUGUUGGAUGGUCUUCUCCACUGGUCUGUCUGUCCUUCAGCAGAGGCCCAAGACCCUUUCCCCACUCUGGGACCCCAUAGUGCUUUGUCACCUCAGAGACUGGUCUUGGAAACGCUAAGCAAGCUAAGCAUCCAGGAUAACAAUGUGGACCUCAUCUUGGCCACUCCGCCCUUCAUUCGGUUGGAGAAGCUCUAUGGGAACCUGGUGCGACUAAUCGGAGACAGGAAGGUCGCAGUCUGCAGGGAGAUGGCCGUAGUUUUACUGGCCAAUCUGGCCCAGGGGGACACUAUGGCAGCCCGAUCAAUUGCCAUGCAGAAGGGCAGCGUGGGCAAUUUGCUGGGUUUCCUGGAGGACAGUCUGGCUGCCACCCAGCUUCAACAAAGCCAGAGCUCUCUGCUGCACCUACAGGGGAUGCCCUUUGAGCCCACAAGCCCCGACAUGAUGCGGCGAGCCGCCCGGGCUCUGCUCGCUUUAGCUAAGGUGGAGGAGAACCACUCAGAGUUCACACUACACGAGUCUCGACUCCUCGACCUUUCAGUGUCUCCGCUAAUGAACUCGCUGGUUUCUCAUGUUAUCUGUGAUGUACUCUUUUUGAUCGGCCAAUCAUGACAGCUGUAGGGAGCUGUAGCUCCACGUAUUGGGGAGGGGGUUUGUCCCCAACCCACUUCCUCCCUGGCGAAUCUGGCUUCUGUGUGGCACAAAAAGUUCAAGUGACUGGCUUUAAUUUAUGAAAAUCCUUCCGAGUACAUUCUGUGAGCCCUCGAUAGGCCAACCUUCCUCGGGGAGGGCCGUCACAGAGCUGUAGUGGGGAAAAUGCCGACAGACACUACACGCAAUGUGAAUGCCAACUGGAUUACGGAGCAGAGCACCGUAGUGGCGAGACUGUUCUGCACUUGGGGAGGGGGAGGGGGGAGUACUUUUUAAUAAAGAUAAAUAAAUGAAUAAAUAAAUAGCUGAAAAACAAAAACUGUAACCAAAGUUGCUGUCUCGUUUACAGUGAGUUUGGGAGACACGGUGUGCCCUAGCUCUCCCCUGAAGGGGCACAGUGAGUCUGUAACAGGUGAAGCAGACUGACGAGCGACCUGCUGGUUUUAGUUGCUGUUGAUGGAUCCUCACCAGUCAGCCCGACGGUAAACCAUGCGGUCGAUAAACACCUUCACCGGGGAGGCCUGUGCAGUGUGCAGUAGAUUGUAGGACAUUUUCUGUACCGUACUGCUCUUGAAGUGUAAGCAUUCUGUAAAACAUUUCUCACAGAAGCUGACGACGCAGCUCUAGAGUUUUAAGGUCAUUUUAGUUUGGUGUUAAACAGAAGAAUGGCUUUUUUCCCCAAAGUAUCGAGAACCUACAACACCCUUACCUCCUCUUAUCCCUUGAUUGUAUGAAUACCCUUAUGAAAAGAAAUCACCUCUUAGGACUGGUUUUCAACUUCAGAUACAGCUUUGCUGUGUUGUAUAUAUAUAAUGUUGUACAUUAUACUUCCUUUCUCUGUCCGUCUCUGUCUGUGUCACUAUUCUCACACUUGUUAUUGGUGCGGGAUGGAGGCAGACACGUUAAGUUUGUUCUUGACCUCCAGUCCUAGCUGAUUAUAGACCCACUCCUCUGGUCUCCACAGCUCUGUAGUACAGCAGACACGGCCUAAACUUGUAAUAUUCUGGUACAAUGAGAAUAAACUAGAUGAAGUACACAUUUGACAAAUUUUCUCCAAUCAUGGAUUCUGCAUAUUUGUAUUUCAGACUAUGUAGCUAAGGCAUCAUGUAAAUUCCUCCCUUUCCCCUUUUUUUGGCUCAAGGAAUAUCAUUUAUUCAGUAUGAAAUCUUUAUACUAUAUGUUCCAC